GUAUUUAUUUAGAUGGAAAUCAUUUAACGAUAGAAGAACUAGUUCGUUUGGGAAAAGGACUUUACAAGAUCAAGAUCUCUGCAGAAGCUGAAGACAAAAUCAAACAGUCAAGAACACUUCUGGAAAAUAUUGUGAAAGAAAAUAAAGUUGUGUACGGAAUAACAACUGGCUUUGGGAAAUUUGCCCGGAUUGUUAUCCCGCAUAAUAAGCUCAAGGAGCUCCAAGAAAAUCUAGUCCGUUCCCAUUCAGCUGGUGUGGGCAAACCCCUCUCACCGCAGAGAUGCCGGAUGCUGCUGGCUCUCAGGAUCAAUGUCCUCGCCAAGGGUUACAGUGGAAUCUCCUUGGAGACCCUCAACCAAAUGAUCCAGGCCUUCAAUGCUUCCUGCCUGUCCUUCGUGCCAGAGAAGGGAACUGUUGGGGCCAGUGGAGAUCUCGCUCCUCUGGCUCACCUUGCCCUUGGACUGAUGGGUGAAGGGAAAAUGUGGUCGCCAAAAAGCGGCUGGGCUGACGCUAAGUAUGUCUUGCAGGCACAUGGGCUGAAACCCGUUUCAUUGAAGCCGAAAGAGGGGCUGGCGCUGAUCAACGGGACACAGAUGAUCACGUCUCUGGGCGCUGAGGCAGUGGAGCGAGCCGUGGCCAUCGCCCAGCAGGCGGACAUUAUCGCCGCACUCACGCUGGAGGUUCUCAAAGGCUCCACCAGAGCCUUCGACAGCGACAUUCACGAACUGCGGCCGCACCCUGGGCAGAUCGAGGUGGCCUUCCGAUUCCGCUCGCUGCUGGGCUCCGACCAUCAUCCCUCCGAGAUAGCAGAGAGCCACCGGUUCUGCAACCAGGUGCAGGACGCCUACACUCUACGAUGCUGCCCACAGGUACAUGGGGUGGUGAACGAUACCAUUGCCUUUGUCAAAAACAUCAUCGAGACUGAAAUCAACAGCGCCACGGACAAUCCAAUGGUGUUUGCAGAACGAGGAGAGACCAUUUCUGGAGGAAACUUUCAUGGAGAAUAUCCUGCAAAAGCCCUUGACUAUCUGGCCAUCGCUGUCCAUGAAUUGGCUGCUAUCAGCGAGAGGCGCAUCGAGAGGCUGUGUAACCCAUCCCUGAGUGAACUGCCUGCCUUCCUGGUCAACGAAGGCGGCCUCAACUCCGGCUUCAUGAUCGCUCACUGCUCAGCAGCUGCCCUGGUGUCUGAGAACAAGGUUCUGUGCCACCCGUCAUCAGUGGACUCGCUGUCCACCAGCGCUGCCACAGAGGACCACGUCUCCAUGGGCGGAUGGGCUGCCAGGAAAGCACUGAGGGUCAUCGAGCACGUCGAACAAGUGCUCAGCAUAGAACUGCUGGCCGCUUGUCAAGGCAUCGAGUUUUUACGCCCACUCCGGACAACAACACCUCUGGAGAAGGUCUACGAUCUGGUUCGCACGAUAGUGAGGCCUUGGAUUAAAGACCGAUUCAUGGCACCGGACAUCGAUGCUGUCCAUCAGUUGUUAAUGGAGAAGAAGGUCUGGGAGGUGGCCAACCCUUACAUCGAGAAGUACCGGCAGGCAAACCUGCCCGAAGAACGGCCCGGCUCUCCGACCGCUUUCACCAUGCCCUCUGGUUCCUCCAGCAAGCGAUCCCGGAAAGAAUAGCACAACAGAUUGGCAAACCAUCCACAACCCUGGCACCUUCACACAGUUCUGCCACAUGUUUUUUAAACAAACUGUGCAGUUCCAAGUUUAAAGAUAAUACAGGUUGAUUGAUGGACACUUUAAUUCUUACGUACGGUUAAAUUGCCAGAAUUGCAUUAUCAUUACGUAAUGAAACGCUUAAAUGAUUAAAAUGAUCAAUAAUCCUUCUCAGUAACUCUAGUAUAUUGUCGCAGUUUUGGCACCUGCAAUAUAACCCAUUACAUAACUCAGUAUUUUUAAUAAUAAAUAUUUUAAUCCUUA